GUUAUCGGGCGCGACCACCGCCGAAGGUGACGCUCCCGGGCAUCUCGCGCGCGCGCGCGGCAGCGAAGGGACGCAAGCGCGAGCGGCUCUCUCACUCUCGUGGUCGCGGACAGGGCAGGCGAUGACGAGCGGCGCGGAGGAGGCGUUGGCGGCCGGCGGCGCGUCCUGGACCGCCCUCGUGCUCUGGUCGAGUCUGAUGCUCGCGCUCUGCGUGUCGCUGACCAGGAGGGCCAGGUUCGUGCACGCGCUCCGGAGUAUCCCUUCGCCGAGCGGCGCGCUGCCGUUCCUCGGCAACGCCAUGCAGCUCAACUGCAGCCUUGAAGAUUUCUUCAAGAAACUGGUACAAUGGAGCAAAGAGUUCGGCGACAUCUACCUCGUGUGGGUGGGCAGCCGUCCGUUCAUCUUCCUGUACCGCGUGGAGUCGGUGCAGCCGCUGCUGAGCAGCAGUCAGCACAUCGACAAGAGCCUCGAGUACCAGUACCUGAAGCCCUGGCUGCGGGACGGACUGAUCACGAGCGGCGGGGCCAAGUGGCGCUCCCGCAGGAAGUUCCUGACGCCGAUCUUCCACAGCGAGAUGCUGCGGGAUUACUUCGGCGUGGCGGCUCGCGAGGCCCGAGUGUUCGUCAAGUGCCUCAGGUCCGAGCUCGGCAAGCCGGAGUUCGACGUCAUCCCGUACGCCAAGAGGGCCGCCCUCGACGUCAUUUGCGAGUGUGCUAUAGGCCAUAACAUUCACACCCAGACGAAUUACAAGAACGAGUAUCACUCGGCUGUCCAGAGCAUUACCACGAUAUCCCAAAUAAGAUUCACGAACAUCUGGAUCUCGAACGACUUCAUUUUCAAAAAGACAGCCCUCGGCAAGGAGCACGACCGAGCUCUCAACGUCAUUCACAGCUUCGUCAACAAGGUGAUCGCCGAGAGGAAGCUGGCCCGAAGCGUGAGGCGCGACGCGAACUCCAACAGCCAGUCGAGGCGCGCGGAAACUCUGCUGGACAUGCUGUUGGAGCGCACGGAGAACGGCGAGCAGUUGACCGACGAGGAGAUCCUGGAGGAGGUGAACACGUUCAUGUUCGCGGGUCACGACACCGUCGGCACGAGCGUGUCCUGGACGCUCUACGCGCUCGGGCGCCAACCCGAGUACCAAGACAAGAUCGUCCAGGAGUACGAGGAGAUCUUUGGGCCCGACCGCGAGGAGAUCGACUACGACGAGCUGCACAAGCUCGUCUGGCUGGACGCGUGCAUCAAGGAGACCUGGCGCGUCUACCCCACCGCUCCGCUGAUCGCGAGGCAGAUCUACAACCCGAUCACCCUGCAGGGCACGGAGAUACCGGUGGGCUCGACCGUGCUGGUCAACUCCUACCUGCUGCACCGCGACCCGCGCUACUUCCCCGAGCCGGAGGCCUACCGACCCGAGCGCUUCCUGCCGGGCCAGCCGAAGGCGCCGACCUUCGCCUACAUCCCCUUCAGCGCGGGCUCGCGCAACUGCAUCGGCUCCAAGUUCGCCACCUUCGAGACCAAGCUGACCCUGCUGGCCCUGCUGCGCGCCUACAGGUUCCACGCGAUCGACCGCGAGGACCAGCUGCGAUUCGUCUCGCAGAUCGUGCUCGACAACGUCGGCGGCAUCCGACUCAGUAUUACGCCCCGGCAGUGAACCCAGCCGUCGCUCGCUCGCUCGCUCGCUCGCGCCUACCCGCAUCGCCAUGUACACCCUUAUUUAAAUCGCUCAUCGCUCAUCUUAGACUUGUAUUUUUCUUUCUUUAUUCGCCUCCCCUUGAGCGCGCGCUUUCUCUACCGAACGAAUCUUACUUUCACGAGGCGCUCCCUUCGAAACUCUCGCUUUCCUAUUCUCCUCUUCUCUUUUCUUGUGCUUUUUUUAUUUUAUUUUAUUUUUUCUUUCCUUUUGUACGAAUAACCGAUCGAAUGACAAAACUGUAGUUGCAGUCUGGCGCAUAAGUAUUUUUUAAUAAAAAUCUCCUUUUUUAUACGUAUUUAUGUACGACUUUGUGUCUCUUAAUGGCCUCGGAUUCAUGAAAAUCACGUUUGACAGAGUCAAGCGAGGAAUGCUCGAGCUAUUCUUAAAGUGGAUUACCUUACGACAACUCCCUAUGCUGCGUUCGUUGACAGUCUCGCCUUUACUUUCGCGCCGCGAGCGCGUUCGUCAACAAAUGUCUUUCUCCAAAUAACGAUUCGGCUAUAGGCAACGUUCGACGCGUUAUUCUCGACGAUAAAUAUAAAAAAAUACAAGGUAAACUAGGCGCUGUUUCGUAUCGUGGCUCAGAAAUUGAAGUAGCCUCGUCGAAAAUAAGCACAGCGCUGCCCUCUGUUCUAUAUUGCCAAACUAUAAUCGGUAGCUGAUAAGAUAGGAAAUCCAAUGGUAAAUGUAUGUCGAGUCUCGACUCUCGAUCGAGAGCAAAUGGAUCAACACAAGAAAAAUGUCAACUUGCACGUUUACGCUUCAAUCGAGUCAAUAACGAGACGGGACCAUCUCGACAGCAUACCUCUUCAAGUGUACCAAUUCCCCCAUCGAAAUCGGUCGAAUUCAACCAAAUCCGGUAGAAUAAAACUUUACCUCCCCCUUUUAGAAAUCGGUUUGAAAAAAAUAAAAAAAACCGUCGCACAUGAUUUUCAAGGAAAAACGUCUACCUGCCUAUUUAUCAUAUUGAUAGCUUGGAGCUU